GAGAGUGAGACAAAGAGAGAGAGAAAUAGAAAGAGCUUGUUGGUGUCACGUGGCCGAACAACGGGGAUUUAAAUGAAACAACCUAAAUAUGGCAGAGUGUAUAGAAUUAGAUAUUUGGCACGGAGAUUGGGGAUUACCAACUGUUGAACCGAAAUGUCUCGCUGUACUGACAUAUUGUAAAUUUUCUGAGGUUCCAGUAUGUAUACAGAAAACUGGGAAUCCAUUCCGAUCUCCAUCAGGAGAGCUUCCCUUACUUCGACACGGAACAGAAAUUCAAAGUUCAACAGAAAAUAUAAUUAAUUAUCUUCGAGAAAAGCAUUGGGGCUGUGAUAACCGACUGUCCAAUACCCAGUGCGCAGAUACUAUAGCAUUCUGCUCACUACUUGAAGAAAAACUUUUACCUGCUGUUCUUCAUUUAUGGUGGAUUGAUGCCAAGACUUACAUAGACCUUACCAGACCAGGUUUUGCUAAAGCGUCUCCGUUUCCACUGAAUUUCUAUAUACCCAGCAGGAUGCGGAGGAAAGCCAAAUCAAGAAUAUAUUCUAAAAGCAGUGAGAAUGUCACAGAUGUAGAAGUUGAUAUGAAAAUUUACAGAGAAGCAAAAUUUUGUCUCAAUUUAUUGGAAAAGAAAUUGGGGAACAAUCUUUAUUUUUUUGGAGAAAGACCAUCCUUAUUUGAUGCCAUAGUCUUUGGUUAUUUGGCUCCUAUGAUGAAAGCUCCACUGACCAGCAAUCAAUUGCAGAACCAUUUGCUUGCAUGUACAAAACUGACAGAUUUUUGCAAACGAAUCUUGCAUGAUUAUUUUCCUCAGAGCCUUCAAGAAACUGAAAGUACGAGUAGGACUACAAGUAGUUUAAGUGAAGACAACCCCAACAAGUUACGGAACAUGGUGUUAGCAGGAAUAUUUGCAAUUACUGCAAUGGUUGGUUAUGCUUUUGCUAUUGGUCUCAUCCAGCUUGAAUUCACUGAUCAUGAAGAACAAGAAGAAAUUACCAAUGUUAAAUCAGAGAGCAAACAGGAAUCAUAUGACCAAUUUGAGCCAUUUUUUGAAGAUGCUGACGAGCAAGAAUAAUUUAUCCCAGAGAAAGAACUAUUUUGAUUUGUUGCUUGUAGAUUCAGAAUAGUUAUCAUAAGGCUGUAUACAUAUAUAUGUAUGUAUACACGCACCACACAUAUAUAUAUAUGUGGAUUUAUUCAUAUUCUUACUUAUACUCACUAUUCUUUCAGCAAAGCAAAUGUCCAGUAAAUUAAUUUUUCUCGUUUUCUUUGUUCAUUUCAUCAUUCAACAUCUGUUUUCCCAUUCUGGUAUAGGCUUGAACAGGAGUUAUUUCAGGUAACAUUUUACAGACAGAUGCUCUUCCUGUUGCCAAACCUCAUUCCUGCUUAUGAAAUCCCAUUUCCUCAUCACUCAACUCUCUUUCAUUUUGAUCUUAAUGAAUAAUGCUUAAUGAAUAUGCUCUUUCCUGAAACAUGUAAGAAUAUUAAUAAAUUCAGAUUUAUAAUUCUUUGUGUUCAACACUGUGUUCUUUUAGCAUUGUUGAAUAAUACUAAUACCUGAACAAAAUGUUCCAUAUAUCUAUCUAUCUAUCAACAUGUAUAUUAUGAAGUUACAUAAGUGUGUGGGCGUGUGAUAAAGCUGUAUGAUACAUAUGUGAUAAAGUUAUGUGAUAAAACUAUA